CUGUUGUUAUUAUUUCAUCAUUUUCAUUUUUUACAUCUUCUCUUUAACUCAUUUCCUCAUUCUUUCAGGAAUCGAUCACCACAUUGUUCGCCGCUGUUCAUUCUUUUUCCCGGGGUUCAUGCACCCUCAUCCCGCUACCUAAACCAUGUCUCUCACCCUCAAAGUCACGUCUCUUGCUGUGAGGACGUUGGCAAAACCAAUUGCCAACCAGAUCAAACGAAAUGCUCACGAGCACGAGCGCUUCCGCAACAUUUGCGUUCGCUUCGCACAAGGCCUCCACCGGAUUGACAUGCGCAUGCGUCUCGGCCUGCUCCAGGACCCCGCUGUCAUUGACCGCCAAAUAGCCAAAGAAGUCAAAGCCGCAGAAGCUGCUCGGAAAAAAUCACAAGCGCCGACCGUCAAGACGGAAGCUGAGACGGUAGCAGAAGACAACAUGACAAAGCAGGAAAGGGAGGCAGCCAGAAAGAAGAUCGAGGCAGCAAGUAAACCGCGGAUACGCCCGCUAUCAGAAGCGAAGGCAAUUGAAACAGGCGCCAACUUUGUCGCCGAGUCGUUUCUCUUUGCCGUGGCGAUUGGUGUCAUUGUCUUUGAGCAAUGGCGACAGAGGCGGAAGGCCCAAAACCAACGUGACGAUAUUCGGGAAGAUGUUGAAGAAUUACAAGCCGAACUCAAGGCUGUCAAGGCGGAGCUGGAAGAAGUGAAAGCGCGACAUCCUGAAUCAACAUCGGGCGGAUUGUUGGGCCUAUGGAAAGGGAAAGGAAAGGGUGACCAGCAGAAGACAGAAGAACACUCACAAACGGACCAGAAGACUUCACCAAAGACUACUUCGACUGAUGCAAUGCAGCCUCCAUCGAUGUCACCAAUCGAGGCACCUGUAACAGACAGGAAAUAA